GAGCACACAACAUCUGAAGAAGAGAACAACAAGGCAGUUGCUAAGGCAGACCCAAUUGUUCUCCAUUGCACAGUUGUCGAUGGUGUCGAGCUUCCGGCUAUGGACAUCACCGGCUUCAGCGAUCCAUUUGUCCGCCUCACAGUCAACGGCCAAGGCAAGCCAUACACAACCGGCAUUGUUAUGCGCGAGCUUAACCCAAUCUGGAACCAAGAAUUCAACAUCCCAAUCGACAACCAGAACAAGGACAAGCUUUACAUCACAUGCUACGACUGGGACGAAGACAGCGCAAACGAUCUUAUUGGCUACUACCGCCUUCCGCUCGACGACAUCAAAGUUGGCGAGCCCGUUGAGCGCGAGUGCAUCCUUAAGAAGAAGCAUGCUCUCCGUGCUAACCGCGGCAAGAUCCAUCUCAAGAUCUGCGCAUUCAAGCCAGGCGAGGAGCCACAAGUCAGCAAAGUCCCCGGUGCUCAUCCAAUCAAGAACAUCAAGCCUAAGGAGACAUUGUUA